AUGUCUCUCUUCCCACGCAUCGUGGCGAACGAGUUCGCACCGAUGUUCCGCCUGAUGGACGACUACGCCAACCACGUCAUGACUUCAACUUCGGGUCGUGAGGGUGGCUUCGCACCACUUGCUCAAGGCUUGUCCAAGUUCCAGCCCAAGUUCGAUGUCAAGGAGACGAGCGACAGCUAUGAGCUUCAUGGCGAGCUACCCGGAGUAGAGCAAGAGAACAUCUCAGUCGAAUUCACUGACGCUCAAACAUUGACUGUCCGAGGCCAGACCGAGACAGUCCGCGAGGAAGGCCAGCGACCGACUGCCACAAUCGAGGACAAACCACAGCAAGCCGCCAUCACCGAGGCCGAAACUGAGACCAAGAAGUCACAUCAACCCAGCGUCGAAGACGAAGAUGCUCCAGCUACGGCGACUGACACCGAGGCUUCCUCGACGGUCGGCACCGCCACACCAGCGACCGAAGUCGCUCAACCACAAGAUUCGACAUCAACACCGCGCAGCCGAUACUGGGUCCGUGAAAUGAGCCGUGGCAGUUUCUCGCGCGUCUUUCAAUUCCCGUCGAGAGUCGACCAAGAGAACGUCAAGGCCAGCCUUAAAAACGGCAUCCUCAGCGUUGUUGUUCCGAAAGCUGCCGCGCCGCAGAACAAACGCAUCAAUGUUGAGUAG